UUAGAGGUCUUUCUGAAGCCCCCCUUUCCCCCUCUAAAGCCCGGAUUGGUCACAGUGCGGCUCAUUUGCAUGCCUCGCCGUAUAAACCCUCCUGCAGACACUGCAGCCCUCUUGCGCUGAGAGCAGCACACCUCCAGUAGAGAGAGAGAGAGAGAGAGAGAGACAGGGAGAAGGAGAGAGAGCGGAGCGCAUCAGAGUGCGCAUUGAGAGACAUAUGGAAUAUUUAUUACUGGCUUAUACAGAAAAUAAACACGCAGGAGAGUGGACAAAGAGUGGAGAGGAGAGACUUUUAGAGGUGCUUUUUGUUGAAACUUUAAACCGGACUCAUUACGGACAGUUUGCUGAAUUUCAUAUUAUUUUGGAGUGAAGGUGUCAAGAUGGGAGGAAAAGGGUGGAACGGGCGGUUGGUGCUGGUGUGCGUCUCUUUGGCGAGCCUGGCUGCUGUCACACAGGCGAAGACGGUGAAAUAUCAGACAUUUGAGGAGGACGCACCGGGGACAGUGAUUGGAAACUUGGCCAAGGACAUCUCCUCCUCAGCCUCCUCCUCAGGCGGCUCCAGGAACAAUUUCAGGAUGAUGAAACAGUUCAACUCGUCUUUCAUCCGGCUGAGGGAGAGCGACGGGCAGCUCAGCAUCGGGGAGCGGAUAGACCGAGAGAGGAUCUGCAAACACAUCCUGCACUGCCUCAUCGCCUUUGACGUGGUCAGCUUCUCCAAAGAGCAGUUCAAACUCAUUCAUGUGGAGGUGGAGGUCAAGGACAUCAACGACAACUCCCCCGAGUUCCCCCGGAAAGAGUCGAGCAUGGAGAUCUCCGAGAACACGGCGGUGGGCACGCGGAUCCCGCUGGACUUCGCCGUGGAUGAUGAUGUUGGCGUGAAUUACAUACAAAGCUACCAGAUCUCCGUCAACAGCCACUUUUCAAUCGACGUGCUGAGCAGGGCCGACGGGGUUAAAUAUGCGGAGCUGGUGCUCAUGAAGGAGCUGGACCGGGAGACGCAGGCUUCUUACGCGCUCGAGCUGGUUGCCAUGGACGGUGGCAACCCGUCCCGCACCGGAACCACGCGCAUAAACAUCAAGGUGAAAGAUUACAACGACAACAGCCCAGUGUUCGACAGGAACAGCUUCUCCGUGGACCUGCCCGAGGACGCACCGGUGGGCUCCCUGCUGCUGGACCUGAACGCGGAGGACCCGGACGAGGGGCCAAAUGGGGAGGUGGUGUACGGGUUCGGUAACCAGGUGCCCGCAGAGAUCCGACAACUCUUCAGAGUGGACCGGAAGACUGGACGGCUUACUCUGGAGAGCCCCAUUGACUUUGAAAGUAAGAACACAUAUGAGUUUGACGUCCAGGCCACCGACCUGGGUCCGAACCCGAGUCCGGCCAUCUGCAAAAUCGUAGUGCAGGUGCAGGACGUUAACGACAACGCACCGGAGAUAUCCAUUACCCCCAUGACGUCCAUCACGGCCGGAAUCGCGUACAUCACGGAGGCUGCGGCCAGAGAGAGCUUCGUGGCUCUGGUCAGCACCUCGGACAGAGACUCUGGCGCUAACGGGCAGGUCCACUGCACCCUGUACGGACACGACCACUUCAGACUGCAGCAGGCGUACGAGGACAGCUUCAUGAUUGUGAGCACGAGCCCUUUAGACCGGGAGAAAAUCCCAGAGUAUAACCUGACGGUGGUGGCGGAGGAUCUAGGCUCGCCCCCCUUCAGGACCAUCACCCAGUACACCAUCAGGCUGACGGACGAGAACGACAACGCGCCGGUGUUCAGCAAACCUGUGUACGAGGUGGCGGUGGUGGAGAACAACGCACCGGGCGCGUACAUCACAACAGUGGUGGCGCGCGACAUGGACCUCGGGUCAAACGGGAAGGUCAGCUACAAGCUGUCGGACACAUACUUCAUGGGCUCCCCCAUCUCCACCUUCGUGUCCGUGGACCCCGCCAGCGGCUCUCUGUACGCGCUGCGGAGCUUCAACUAUGAGGUGGUGAAGCAGCUGGAGCUCCGGAUCACGGCCAGUGACGGGGGCUCCCCACCCCUGUCCGGGACCGCGAGCGUCUAUGUGCGGGUCGCUGACCAGAACGACAACGCGCCGGUCAUCACCCAGCCGCCGCUCAACAACGGCUCCGCCGAAGUCCUGCUGCCCCGGGACGCACCGAGCGGCUACGUCAUCACCCGGGUGGAGGCGCGGGACGCAGAUGAGGGCGUGAACUCGGAGCUGUCUUACGGCCUGGCCACCGGCGAACCCUCCGUGUUCUCCGUGAACAAAGUCACGGGGGAGAUCUACCUGAACCAGGUGCUGAGCCACGACGUGGACGAAACCCUGAGCGUGACCGUCACAGUGAGCGACAACGGGAGGCCCGCGCUCACCUCCACCGCCACGCUCCACUUUCUCAUCAUCGCGGGCUCCCCGCCGAGCGACAGGACGGUGUACCAGGCCGGCAGCGGGGACGAGACGCACGCGCAGUGGGACCUGUCCGUGGUGAUUAUCGUCGUGCUGGCGGGGAGCUGCACCCUCCUGCUGCUUGCCAUCAUCCUCAUCGCCACCACCUGCAACCGACGCAAACGGGACAAGAGUGGAGAGGACAGCGACUCUUACGGAGAGAAAGGCACGCUAGAGAGGGGCAGAAACCACGUGGGGGACAACCCGCUGCUGCCUCUGCACGCGGCAGGUGCGGGAGAAGCGGGAGGGUUUGAUGGACACUCGUACAGCAGCCAGGCCGGAGGGUUCACCUCGGCUCACCCCGGGGGCAUCGACAUGUGCUCGGCCUCAGAGGACGGCAGCGAGGUGCCCUGUGUGUACGACUCAGACUCAAACAGCAAGCUCCGGGGCAACAAACACGAGGGUUACUCCACGCUGCCCGGCUAUGGGAACGGUAAAGAGGCAGUCAGGCCCAUCACCAUCUGGAAGGGAAACUCUUACACCACCAUCUCCGCCCGGGACCCCGCCUUCAGCGGGAAAGACAGCGGCAAGGGGGACAGUGACUUCAAUGACAGUGACAGUGAUGUCAGCGCAGACACCCACCUCAAAAAGGAUGGAGUUGUUGUUCCUCCCAUGGGCGGACAAAAUGCUCUGUGGGCGUGCACCAGUGAAUGUAAAGUCCUGGGUCACUCAGAUCGCUGUUGGAGCCCCUCAGCAGUGAGAGCCAACGCGGCCCCCUCUCCGGCCCCAACCCUGUCCUCCUUUAGCAGCCUCUCCAAGACUGCGUCCCUGCCCCGGGACCCCAACCGCAGGGACAACUACUACCAGGCCCACAUCCCCAAAACAGUGGGCCUGCAGAGUGUGUAUGAGAAGGUGCUGCACAGAGAGUACGACUACGUCCUGGUCACCCCACCCCGGCCUGUGAGGGUGCAGGAGAUCAGUGAGGUUACCCUCCCUGUGUACACCCCAACCCCAACACACUGCCCUGACGAUGAAGAGUAAAAAUGACUCUGCGCACACACACACACACACACACACCUGAGCUCACUCUCAAAGAAAUGUAUAAAGUUUUAAUUUAUGAUCAAUGACAAUGACAAUACUGUAACUUUUGUAACUGUGGAGAGUGUGCAUCCAAAAGUUGAACUCCUAAUAUUUCUGUGUUUCUUUUUGAUUGUAAAAUCCACAUUUGAUGUCCAUUCAAUCACUUUAUGAGACAUUUUUCUGGACAUGAAGUGUAUCAUAUGCAAGUUUUGUACAUAUAGAGAUUAUAUUUUUUAUAAAAGUAAUAAAAAAGGAAAGAUAUGUAAAUAUAAAUUGUAAUUAUUGAUCUUUAAGCACGCUGAUUAUUUAAAAAAUGGCCCCAGAAACUGUGCAGUUUAAAGGGCUGGUGAUCCCAAGAUGUAUCAAGUUGAUAACUAAUGUAUGGAUUUAUUUGAAUGCAAUAAUGUGUAAUUGUACAGAUUAUUUUUUAUCAUCGCGGUAUUCUGAGAAGAAAUAAACUUUGAAAUAUUGUUCUGAAAAGGCGAGUU